AUGGUCGCGCCAACCGUUCAACCUCUCUCGCCCCCGAAAGGGUCUGCCAUCAAUUUCGGCUCUGUCAUUACCGGCCUUGAUGUGGAAAACUUGUCUGAUGCCGAUUUCCAACUUGUCUACGACACACUCUACCGUACAAGUGUUGUCGUGAUAAAGUCCAAGCCGGAUGUUUCUGCAAAAUCCCAAUAUGAGCUUACACGUCGCUUCGACCCUUCCUCAACGGCAUACGGCCACGGCAAGACACUUGACGCCAAGCGCAGCAUUCUGCAUCCGGACCUAAAGACCGUCCCCCACCAACCCCAAGUCCAAAUCAUUGGAAAUGGGUUUGUGAAGGAGUACGAAGGUCUUGAAAACUUUACUCUUCGUCAUCCACACCACCGGACAUUCCAUCGUGAUACUAUCCCGGACGCAGAAGAUCUAGACUUCACUCGCUACUAUCGAUGGCACAUUGACGCGGCGUUGUACGAUCUCGAUCCUCCUUUGGUCACUACAUUGCUGGCAGUUUCUUUGCCGUCGAAGCGGAGACAGACUGUCCGGUACGACGACGGCACUGGAAAUGAAUUGGACGUUUCUCUCGGCACGACUGUGUUUGUCAGUGGAUACCAGAUGUACGAUCACCUUUCCCAGGAGGAUAAGGAGUUUGUGCGCACAAGCAAGAUCGAGUACGCUGCCCACCCAUACAUUUGGAUGAGCAAAGCUCGCGCUCUCUCGACCGGCCUAGGUUUGCAUUCCGAGAAACUGGAACUCAAUGAUUCUGAGCUUCCGCCCAUUGAUCCGGCCAAGAUCAAAGUCUUCCCUAUGUUGUGGAAGAAUACAGUUACAGGCCAGCUAGCUCUCCAGAUUCAUCCGUCUGCAAUCCGACGCAUCCACCUUAAGGAUGGGAGUGUAAUCGACGAUCUGGAGGAAGUCCGGAACAUCGUGUACCGUCUCCAGCGGCCCGGUAUAAGCCCCGAGUUUGUCUAUGCUCACGAUUGGGAGGAGGGUGACCUGGUGUUGUUUAACAACCACGGGGUACUCCAUUCUGUUGUAGGUGCAUUUGACAAGGAUGAAGUCAGACUAUUCAGACAGUGCAACCUGUCUGCUAGCCGCCCUCCCUUGGAGCCUUGA